AUGGCCGCUCUCCGCUCUACUCCAUCCCGGCUACUCGCCGCCGCGUCACGAUCGACAAGAGCCGGGCCCUCCAUGUUCGUGCGGUCGAUGGCAACUCUGGGCGAUUCCACGGUCGAGGCCAACCCGAAAGGCAGCACCGACUCGCGCAUGAAGUCUUUCCAGGUCUACCGAUGGAACCCAGACCGGCCGACCGACAAGCCCUCGAUGCAGACGUACACUUUGGACCUGAACAAGACCGGACCCAUGGUCCUCGAUGCCUUGGUCAGAAUCAAGAACGAGCUGGACCCGACGCUGGCUUUCCGUCGUAGUUGCAGAGAGGGUAUCUGCGGUAGCUGCGCAAUGAACAUCAACGGCACGAAUACCCUGGCCUGCCUGUGCCGUAUUCCUACAGACACGAAGCAGGAGAUGAAGAUUUACCCUCUGCCUCACACAUACGUCGUCAAGGACCUGGUACCAGACUUGACAUACUUCUACAAGCAAUACAAGUCGAUCAAGCCCUACCUGCAGAGGGAUACACCCGCCCCGGACGGCAAGGAAUACCGACAGAGCAAGGCAGAACGCAGAAAGCUCGACGGCCUAUACGAGUGCAUCUUGUGCGCCUGCUGCUCGACUUCGUGCCCCUCGUACUGGUGGAACGCGGAGGAGUACCUGGGACCUGCCAUCCUGCUACAGUCCUACCGAUGGAUUGCCGACUCCCGAGACGAGCGGAGGGAAGAGCGAAGGGCUGCGCUGGACAACUCCAUGAGUCUGUACCGGUGUCACACUAUCCUCAACUGCACGCGAACAUGUCCCAAGGGCCUGAACCCUGGUCUGGCUAUUGCAGAGAUCAAGAAGCAGAUGGCUUUCUAG